AUGUCGGUCCCUAGUCGUCACUAUGCACCCAUAGACGGAGCUUAUCAUAUUGAUACGCACACACGCAAAGCCUCGCGUAGUCCGCCAAACGAUGAUGUAUGCUGCAUAUAUGUUCACGCUGGCGCCGGCUACCAUAGUCACCAGAACGAGAGGAUACAUCUGGAAGCGUGUAACGAUGCCGCGCAGCUGGCCAUGUUGAUUCUGAAGAACGGCGGCUCAGCGCUAGAUGCUGUCGAGGCUGCAAUCAAGACAUUGGAAGAUCGAGAAAUCACCAAUGCUGGCUAUGGAAGCAACCUCGCAAUGGACGGUGUGGUUGAGUGCGAUGCCUCCGUGGUCGAUCAUUACGGGCGUAGCGGAGCUGUCGGGGCCGUCGCUCAAAUCAAGAACCCUAUCUCGCUAGCACGAAUGGUUCACGACCACACGAUGAGUCCACUUACGCUGCGUCGAGUCCCUCCAAACCUCUUGGUGUCGCAGGGUGCCACCGACUUUGCUGUGGAGAUGGGUAUGCCCAUCCUGCCCCACGACGCACUUAUUUCUCCCGCCGCGAAAGAGCGCUGGAUGCGGUGGCGUUCCGACUUAAGGUCGGCCGAGCGCAAGUCCAGGAAGAGCGGCGCCCACCCGUCCUGUUGGAAGAUCAGGGACAAUGUGGCACCAGCGGAUGAGCGAGCGCACGAACGCGUGCGCGAACAACACACCCAAAACCUGCUACGCACCCACAAAUCCCUACUGCAGUCACAGUCACCUCCGCAUUCCGACGACGUGAUGUACGACCAAGCCGAGAAUGCAUCUUCCGACCCUUCAGUUCCUCCUUCCGAGCAGUCGUCGAGCUCUUGGAUAAGCGAUGAGCAGACCAGCGCACCCGAACUGAUCGAUCAAGCCCCAUCGCCUGCUGACGUGCGCCCACCUACUGUUGCGGACGCUUCUCGCAAUGCCUUUGUCAACAGCACGCAACAGAUCCCUACCCUGAAAGAGUAUCGUCGCGAUGCAGGCUACGAGAGCAUUAUGGAAGAUGCGCAGAUGGAGGACAUGACCUACGCACCAAAGCCACGCAAAGCAUGGGCUGAUGGGUCUGGGGAGGAUUUUGACUCUGAUUCGAGCGCGCAGACAGCAAAAGGCAAUCCCGUGGAGAGCUCUCAGUGUGAUGGUGUCGACACUCGUCUGCCACAGACUCCUGACGAGAACUCAGUCAAUUCGAAGUUCGCUACCGCAUCGACACCUCUGAGUCACGUCAGAGAGACCGCGCCACUACCGCCGAUGCCAUCUAAUGCGAGCCGCCAUGACGCCGAGGAAGAUCACAUCACCGACACCGUUGGGGCUAUCGCAAUAGACAGCUGGGGCAACAUUGCUUGCGGUGCAUCAUCUGGUGGCAUUGGCAUGAAGUACCGCGGGCGUGUGGGCCCAGCAGCUCUCGUCGGCGUUGGUGCUGCAGUCAUUCCCGUGGACCCCGACGACCCCGAGCAGACCUCUGUCGCGACUGUCACAAGCGGAACCGGUGAGCACAUGGCAACCACCAUGGCCGCUACGGUAUGCGCCGAGCGUCUCUAUCAGAGCGUGAAGAAGAGCCGUGGCGGUGACUACGUUGAAGUUACCGAGGACGAAGCUCUCAAGGCAAUGAUCGAGAACGAGUUCAUGGGCCACCCAAGUGUCAAGCACAGCAACUCCGCAGGCGCCAUCGGUAUUCUCGGCGUUAAGAAGAUGCGCUCCGGCAUGCUGCUCUACUACGGACACAACACCGACUCGUUCGCCAUGGCAUCUAUGUCAUCUGAAGACGACCGACCCGCUUGCUCAAUGUCGCGCAGCAACGGCAACGGCCAGAUCGCACAGGGUGGAAGGAUGAUGCCCAUGAGGCGCAACAAGAAGACCAAGUCUACCCCUCGCCGAUAA